AAGCGCGUCACGUGACGGCUGGCCCCGCCUCUUCCUCUCGGUCCCAUAUUGAACUCGAGUUGGAAGAGGCGAGUCCGGUCUCAAAAUGGAGGUAAAACCGCCGCCCGGUCGCCCCCAGCCCGACUCCGGCCGUCGCCGCCGCCGCCGGGGGGAGGAGGGCCAUGAUCCUAAGGAACCAGAGCAGUUGAGAAAACUGUUCAUUGGUGGUCUGAGCUUUGAAACUACAGAUGACAGUUUAAGAGAACAUUUUGAGAAAUGGGGCACACUCACAGAUUGUGUGGUGAUGAGAGACCCCCAAACAAAACGUUCCCGGGGCUUUGGUUUUGUGACUUACUCUUGUGUUGAAGAGGUGGAUGCAGCAAUGUGUGCUCGACCACACAAGGUUGAUGGGCGUGUAGUAGAACCAAAGAGAGCUGUUUCUAGAGAGGAUUCUGUAAAGCCUGGUGCCCAUCUAACAGUGAAGAAAAUUUUUGUUGGUGGUAUUAAAGAAGAUACAGAAGAAUAUAAUUUGAGAGACUACUUUGAAAAGUAUGGCAAAAUUGAAACCAUAGAAGUUAUGGAGGACAGGCAGAGUGGGAAAAAAAGAGGAUUUGCUUUUGUAACUUUUGAUGAUCAUGAUACAGUUGAUAAAAUUGUUGUUCAGAAAUACCACACUAUUAAUGGGCAUAAUUGUGAAGUGAAAAAGGCCCUUUCCAAACAAGAAAUGCAGUCUGCUGGAUCACAAAGAGGCCGUGGAGGUGGAUCUGGCAAUUUCAUGGGUCGGGGAGGAAACUUUGGAGGUGGUGGAGGUAACUUUGGCCGUGGUGGAAACUUUGGUGGAAGAGGAGGCUACGGUGGUGGAGGUGGCAGCAGAGGUAGUUAUGGUGGAGGUGAUGGUGGAUAUAAUGGAUUUGGAGGUGAUGGUGGCAACUAUGGCGGUGGUCCUGGUUAUAGUAGUAGAGGAGGCUAUGGUGGUGGUGGUGGACCAGGAUAUGGAAACCAAGGUGGUGGAUAUGGUGGCGGUGGUGGAUACGAUGGUUACAAUGAAGGGGGAAAUUUUGGCGGUAACUAUGGUGGAGGUGGAAACUAUAAUGAUUUUGGAAAUUACAGUGGACAACAGCAAUCAAAUUAUGGACCCAUGAAGGGGGGCAGUUUUGGUGGAAGAAGCUCGGGCAGCCCCUAUGGUGGUGGUUAUGGAUCUGGUGGUGGAAGUGGUGGAUAUGGUAGCAGAAGGUUCUAAAACUCAGCAGAAAAGGGUUGAAUGAGAACCCUUCUUGCCUAAAUGAGGAAUGUCUUUCCUACCAUCUUAAAUACGAAGGUUUCUGGCUGGGUAAGGUUUGUAGCUCACAGUAAAACCUGAUGACACCAUUUGUUUCCCUACAAAUUUAUAUUACACAUUUAAAACUAGUAGGUACAUUAGUAAAAUUGUUCAGCUGAAACUUGAUUUUGGAACCACAUCCAAAACGUUUUAAACAGUUUUUAAAACUUUCCUGCAAAUAAUCAUGAGUGUUCAUGUUGAGUGACGUGUGGCCUCAUGUACAUAAUUCAUUGUUGGUGUCUUUAGGGUAAAGUCAGUUUUUGAUGAGAAAGGGAGUGACCUCAAAUUUGGCAGUUUUGUAAUAAGCAUGAUUUAGUUUAACAGAAACAUUAAGCCUGCCAGUCCUCGUUCUAGGGAAAACCUUGGGAUGAAUUUUUAAAUUGCCAGAUUGAUACAAAUAUAAAAAUGGUCUUCAUUCAAGUGGCCUCAUAUAUAAAUUCUCUUGCAUAUAAAAUCAGGGAGUUAUUUAGAUUAAUGGCAUAAAUAUUUGGUUCUUUUUAGGGUUGUUGUGUGUGUGUGUGUGUGUGUGUGUGUGUGUGUGUGUGAGAUUUAACCUGUUAACCAGAAGCAGUGGGGAUCUAGUUAUUCUAAUGUUCCCUUUUAAAAGACAACUUCCCAAAGAAUAAUUAAACUCUUAAUUUCUGUGCAAAUCAGUUGCUGAUUUCAUAAGGGCUUGUUAAAAAUUGAAAUUUGACAAUUUAAGAACAACACUUGGGGAUAGAUGCUGAAAAUGAAACUAGUUUCUAAAUUAUAAACAAAUGAAAUUCGUACAUAAAUAGGAGUAAGUUUGCCACAGUUUAUUCUCACAAAAUGACUGGCUGGCUAUCUAAACCAGAACUAAAUUUCUACACCACUUUAGAAUGAAGUAUUAAAAGCAAGGCAAUUAUUUUGAUGAAUUUUAUUUCUAGCAUAGUUUUAGUGAAGCAAAUUUCCUAAGCUAAACAUUUUCUUUUUUUAAAGGCGUUCUUUUCAGUCUAAUUUUUUUAUGAAAUAAAGUGAUUUAAUUUAAAUGGAGUUAACACUGUCAUUAUUGAAAAAUGUGAUGCCCUUAAGUCAUAGCACCAAUAAACAAAGUUCAUAAGGGAAAUGGUCAAGGCAAACUUAUUUACAUUGUCAAAGCAACUCAAGGGGUUACUGCUUUUCACGUUUUAAAAACAAGCAAAAAAAAAAUCCUACCUUUACACCCAUGUCCUAAUGAAUAAAAUUUGGUAAUAAAGACCAUUUGUUAAGGAACUAAACAAUUGGGAUACACUUGGUUUGAGGAGUUCCAAUAUAGAAGUCACAAUUUGAAACAGUUCUAGUUAAUAACAGUAUCUUAGAUUUCCAGUAAUUAUGUCACAAAGUAUAGGGGAAAAGCAUGCUAAUGUGCAGAGGUAAUAUAUUAGCCUAUGAGUAUUCGAAAUUUUCUAUUUCAAUGUUUUGAUUUUUAAGACUUAAGAGGUGGUCUGCAAUGGAUUCAAAUGUUUCAUUUGUAGGAUAAUGAAAUGUUUACAGAAAGCUAACUUUUUCAUUAAAAUAUUUUUAGAAAUGUGUGUGUGGUUUUUGUCACUUCACAAUGUCCGUGUAACUCAAAUGCUAUAGGUGAAUAUGACAUACUUUACUAACAACAGGAAACUUGGAAAAGUGGGUUCUAUUCACUGGAAAACAUUGACCUGGGAAAUAGGCAUGGAAAAAUAUCUUAAACAAAGCUUACUGCCAUUUAAGGAUUUAAGUCUUGAAAAACAAUAUGUACAUACUUGGGUGAUAGGUGAGGUAUCAGUGAUUUAUUGGGGGUGGGGGGUUGGGGGCACGCAUGUAGUUAAGGAUACUUGAGCAAGUGAAAAACAGUUUGGGAGGAUGAAAAGGGGACUCCUUCCUUCCACACCUUGGAAAUACUAGGUUUCCUAAAGGCAUUGGAUUGGUUGAAAUUUCAUGCUAUGAUGGUGGGUUGAGCAGAAGCUUUCAUGAGAUCAAGUUUUAAACUACAGUGUUGCAACUUAAACCAAAUAGUCAUCUGUUAAAAAGUUUGAACAGUUUUUGAGUUAGGAUUUUGAUAAAUGUGACAUAAAAAUAUAACACAAGUUAUGUGGAUUCUUAGUAUUAACAGCUGUUAACAUGGUAAGUGAAAUAAUUUGAAUUGAGUCCAUAUGGGACUUUUAGCUGUCAAUAGGAUUGCAACACAUUUUGUUUGUACUCAACACUGGUUAUAUUACAUGCAGUGGUUUUAUAUUCUGUAGCUGUAAGUACUUUAUAAUUCCAGUUAAUACUUGAAUCCAAAACUCUUUCAUUUCCACCAAAAUAAGUAUGUUUUCUCCAAAUGAAAAUAUUAAUUGAAACUAGGCAAAGAAGAAAAAUUAGAAUCCUACAUGUACUCAUCACAGACAAAUUUUUGAUGAUCAGUGUUAAUUUUGCAAAAAAUGGGAUCCUGUUAAUAUUAGGUUGACUUAGAAUUAAAAAGUAACAAGGAUUAAGAGAGUAAGGUAGUAGGUAGCUUGCCCAUCACGUUUUCAGACUGGUAAUGGCAAAGGUGCAUUGAGAAUUGCCUUCAUGUAUGUGGUAGAAGUUAAAUGGGCACAGUACUGAAAAUCAGCUAGGAAAUAGGAAUUCAUCCAUAUCCAACUAAUAAACUUUAUUGAUAAGUAAUGGAUAAGUAACAUACAAGGGUGUUGACAGCUUUAAAAAUACUUCAAAGGAGUCAAAAUGGUUAAAUUUCACUAUGCCAUUGCGGUUAAAGGGUUUAUAAUUGGGAAAGAAUUCUAAUUGUAUCUGAAGGUUGCAAGGUAAUUUUUUAAAAUACGUUGUGUUGGUCCAUGCAUUCUAUCAAAUGAGUUAACAUUCUUUAAGAUACAUACUUAACGUAGAAGGAGCGCUGAUAAAUUUUCUAUUUUGAUUCAAUCUUCUAUUACACCUUUAAAUUUUUAAAUCAGUAAAAAAAUUAGAAACUUGAAUUUUGUGAGCUUGGGCAAGUUAUUUGGGACUUUUACUCUUAUGUCAAUGCUAUCUGUCAGUAGUUUGGUGAUGCCAACUAACCCCCGUAGAAUGUUGAUUUCAUAUGCAUUGAAUAUGUAGAAAUAAACAUUACAUUGGAAAUAGCAAAAUAAUACAUUUGAUUUAGUAAAUGUGCCUUAAACAGAGGAGGCUGGUGGUGGGUCUGAUGUCUAACUUUGAAGUGAUACAUAGAUGGUAUUUUAAAAUACUUGGCAACAGUAAUCUGAUGUUAAAAUUGUGAUUUUUUUUUUUUGAUGAUAGAAGUACUGUGUAUACCAUUUGUGGUUUGCUGUCUAUAAUGAAGGAUUGUUGAAUUUUACUAGUGUUACUGAAAAUAAAGUAACUUCUUCCAAUCAAAA